AUGAGGCGCCGCAGCAAAUGGGACCAACCAGCGCCAGCCCCCCUUCUCUUCCUCCCGCCGACGGCCCCAGGUGGGGAGGUUACCAGCAGUGGGGGAAGCCCUGGGGGCUCCACAGCUGCUCCCUCUGGAGCCUUGGAUGCUGCUGCUGCUGUGGCUGCCAAGAUCAAUGCCAUGCUCAUGGCCAAAGGGAAGCUGAAACCAACGCAGAAUGCCGCCGAGAAGCUUCAGGCUGCUGGCAAAGGCCUAACUAGCAGUAAAAGCAAGGACGACCUGGUGGUGGCUGAAGUCGAGAUCAAUGACGUGCCUCUCACGUGCAGGAACCUGUUGACUCGAGGGCAGACUCAGGAUGAGAUCAGCCGACUUAGUGGGGCCGCGGUGUCAACUCGAGGGAGAUUCAUGACAAGCGAGGAGAAGGCCAAAGUGGGGCCAGGGGAUCGUCCGUUAUACCUUCAUGUUCAGGGCCAGACACGGGAAUUAGUGGACAGAGCUGUAAACCGAAUCAAAGAGAUCAUCACCAAUGGGGUGGUCAAAGCCGCCACGGGGACGAGUCCAACGUUUAAUGGUGCAACAGUCACUGUCUAUCACCAGCCGGCGCCCAUUGCACAGCUGUCCCCAGCUGUUAGCCAGAAGCCUCCCUUCCAGUCAGGGAUGCAUUAUGUUCAAGAUAAAUUAUUUGUGGGUCUAGAGCAUGCUGUGCCCACUUUCAAUGUCAAGGAGAAAGUGGAAGGUCCAGGCUGCUCCUAUUUGCAGCACAUUCAGAUUGAAACAGGUGCCAAAGUCUUCCUAAGAGGCAAAGGUUCGGGUUGCAUUGAGCCAGCAUCUGGCCGAGAAGCUUUUGAGCCUAUGUAUAUUUACAUUAGCCAUCCCAAACCAGAAGGCCUGGCUGCUGCCAAGAAGCUCUGUGAGAAUCUCUUGCAAACAGUUCAUGCUGAAUACUCUAGAUUUGUGAAUCAGAUUAAUACUGCUGUACCCUUACCAGGCUAUACACAACCCUCUGCUAUAAGUAGUGUCCCUCCUCAGCCACCAUAUUAUCCAUCCAAUGGCUAUCAGUCUGGUUACCCUGUUGUUCCCCCUCCUCAGCAGCCAGUUCAGCCUCCCUACGGAGUGCCAAGCAUAGUGCCACCGGCUGUUUCACUGGCACCCGGAGUCUUGCCAGCAUUACCUACUGGAGUGCCCCCUGUGCCAACACAAUACCCGAUAACCCAAGUGCAGCCUCCAGCUAGCACUGGACAGAGUCCGAUGAGCGGGCCUUUUAUUCCUGCUGCUCCUGUCAAAACUGCCUUGCCUGCGGGCCCCCAGCCCCAGCCCCCGCCCCCACCCCAGCCCCCACUCCCAGCUCAACCCCAGGCACAGAAGAGGCGAUUCACAGAGGAGCUACCAGAUGAACGAGAGUCUGGACUUCUUGGAUACCAGCAUGGACCCAUUCAUAUGACUAAUUUAGGUACAGGCUUCUCCAGUCAGAAUGACAUUGAAGGUGCAGGAUCGAAGCCGGCAAGUUCCUCAGGCAAAGAGCGAGAGAGGGACAGGCAGUUGAUGCCUCCACCAGCCUUUCCAGUGACUGGAAUGAAAGCAGAGUCUGAUGACAGGAGUGGGUCUGGGGCCGGAGCAGGGGGCCAUGAUUAUCCAGUCAAGAAGAUGAAAACUACGGAGAAGGGAUUUGGGUUGGUGGCUUAUGCUGCAGAUUCAUCUGAUGAAGAGGAGGAACACGGGGGUCAUAAAAAUGCAAGUAGCUUUCCACAGGGCUGGAGUUUGGGCUAUCAGUACCCUUCGUCACAACCACGAGCUAAACAGCAGAUGCCAUUCUGGAUGGCCCCGUAG